GCGCCGCCGGAAGUCCGGCGCGCUUCCCACAAGGCACCGCGGCUGGAGCUGGGAGGACGUGUCUCCGCGACCGCCGGCCGAGAGCGCGAGGGAUCGGGAUCCGCCAGGAUGGUGACGGACGUGCAGCUGGCCAUCUUCGCCAACAUGCUGGGCGUCUCGCUCUUCCUGCUGGUCGUCCUCUACCACUACGUGGCCGUCAACAACCCCAAGAAGCAGGAGUGACGCCCCGGGAGGAGGAGCAGCGGCAGCGGCAGCAGGACAGAAGCAGCAGCAGCCGCCGCCAAGCAGGAAGCCAUGGCUGGAGCGACGCCCCCCACCCGACGCCCCCCUGACGCUCCUCCGGCUCCGCGCGGCCCCUGCAGACGCCGGCAAUGACGCCCGCUGGUUGCUUUUGUUUCAUUUUGUCAAACGAAAUUUAUUAAUAGAAACGUGUUCACAA